AUGAUGAUUGUGGAGGAUCAGGGGAUCCACACUCUGACCUCCUCCUCCUCCUCACACUCUGACCUCCUCCUCCUCUACACACACUCUGACCUCCUCCUCCUCUACACACACUCUGACCUCCUCCUCUACACACACUCUGACCUCCUCCUCCUCUACACACACUCUGACCUCCUCCUCCUCUACACACACUCUGACCCCCUCCUCCUCCUCACACUCUGA